GCACCAAAAUCAAUGUUGAACUUUGCUAGAAAAACAUCCACAAACACCCACAUCUAUACUGAAACAUUGUGUUGUUUGUAGGUUUUAAAUGGAAAGACGCACAUGGUGCCAUUGGAGGUGCUUCUCAUGCUGAGAGUGGCAGGUGGACCGGGGUCACUGGGGAAACAUGCUGCCGUGACAUUAUUAGACUGGUAUGAUCUGGGCACAGAGGUCCUGCUUGUCAUGGAGAGACCAGUCCCCUGUGAGGACCUGCUGACCUACCUCGAUAACAACAAUGGGGUCCUGAGGGAAGACCAGGCAAAGAACAUCAUGAAGCAGCUGGUGGAAGCAGCAGUUAACAUGCACUCUCUUGGAGUCUUCCAUGGGGACAUUAAAGCAGAAAAUAUCCUCGUUGAUUUAAGCUCGGAUGUCCCUCGUGUGAGAAUCAUAGACUUUGGAUGUGGCUGCUUGGUGAAGAAGAUGCCGUACCUCUCCUCCUUUGGAACCAUUGCCUACAUCCCUCCAGAGUUUCACUGGCUUGGCACAUACGAGGCGGAACCCAGCACAGUCUGGCAGCUGGGCACUCUGCUCUAUGAACUGGUGUGCAGCGACAAAAGUUUCACCACCUUGGAGAUCCUUCAAAAGAAAAUUAGCAUAAACACUGAGCUGUCCAAAGACUGCAAGGACUUGUUGAAGGUGUGUUUGGCUGUGAACCCUCAGGAGCACGGCACUCUAGAGCAGAUUCUGCUGCACCCCUGGUUCUCCUAAUCCUGCACAACCGACCACCCAUUGGGCUGAGCCAACUGACUCCGAUGAACUCCAUCCUUUGGUCUUAUAGUCU